GCGGUCAACGUUGUGCUCCAGCACAGGCAGUCUUCGGCCAACUCGCCGCUGGCCAUUAUCGCCACAGCAAUGACGAAUGCCGAGUACUGGUCGGACAAGCUGGCCGCAACGGCAACUGUGGUGGCGAAUAUCACCCCCAUCUUGCCGAAGCUUGCAGGUGCGCUCGAGACACUGGUGUCGCUGCCUUCAGACCCCAUCGUGCGCCUGACGAAGGUGACUGAAUUGGUGAAGUUGUGCGUCCUUUGGUGCAAGGAGGUGCCGCUCCCGACCUUGGCGACCUUCUCUGACGGCCUGUGCGCCGCCGUGAUUGACGCCGCGGAGAUCGUCGCAGGCAAGCAGCCUGCACUUGAGGAGCUUACGCCGAAGUUGGACCUCCUGUCGGAAGCUUUCCUGGUGUGGCCUUCCAACGGCAAUCUCACCAAGCGCCACCAGGAGAUCGAGGAGGUCACGCAGAGCCUGCGCUGCAACGAGAAGUGGGCCACCAUCGACGCCGUGGUGGUGUCCACGCUUGUCGUCAUCAACCCACCCGCUGAAGCGGACCCCGCCCUGUUCGACAAUUUCCCGCCCCAGACCUUCCACGUCAUCAACCCCUUCCUGGAUGAGCUUACGAAGAUCUUGAACGUUUCGGUUGGCAUUAAGUUGUCGGAGGACUCAGAGCAAGCGAGCAGGGCGAACUCUCUGCUGGACAAGCUCGUCAAGACGCUGAGCUUAAACGUUACGGAUAGUGAGCAUGAUCUACAUUCGAUUAUUGCAGCCGUUCGGGAGAUGGCGAAG